AUGGGGGAACAAUUGCGAAAUAGACUGUCAACUGCUCUACGUUCCAAAGACGUGGUCCAGUCAUCUUCCAUCGUUGAUGCUGGAAAUUUGGCCAGUAGUCAUUACAAGUCUAAGUUAUCACCAUUACGAUACAAGAUACGAAGUGUCUUCUUACCAUUGAUAAUCAAAGAAACUGAGAUUUUAGAUAAGAUGCAAAGGAAGAUCCGAAACCCAAUCUUGGAUUUCUAUUUUGCAUGGUCUGCCAACUUGGCAUCGCACACUUUCUAUGUUUUGAUGCUUCCUGCCCCUGCUUGGCUUGGAGCUAGUACUCUUCUUAGAGAUUUGGUCUACGUCUUGGGGUUUGGAAUUUAUUUAACGGGUAAUUUGAAGGACUUUCUAUGUUUGCCUAGGCCAAGGUCACCGCCCUUACAUAGGAUCACAAUGUCUUCUUACACUACACAAGAAUAUGGUGUUCCUUCGAGUCAUAGUGCUAAUGCAGUUGCGGUUACUUUGGUCAUUCUUUGGAAACUUUUAGAGUAUAGGAACGAAUUCAACACAAAUUUUGUAAUAGGGGGAUUCAUUUUCUUAAUUCUUUAUUGUUUCUCAUUAGUCUUUGGCAGAAUUUACUGCGGUAUGCAUGGAUUCUUAGAUGUUCUUACUGGCGCAGCAAUAGGUAUACUUUGUUUUUCUUUUAGAUUCUUCUUGGGUGAGGCAUGGGACAACUGGCUCCUCUCUUCUCAUAACGAUACUUUUUUUGGAAUUAUAUCCACUCCUAUUAUGAUAGUAGGAGGCUAUGUCUUGUUAAUUCACAUUCAUUUUGAGCCAGCUGAUGAUUGCCCCUGCUUCGACGAUUCGGUAGCCUUUGUUGGUGUUUUAAUUGGAUUGGAUUUGUCUCACUGGUUUUGCAUUUUGACACAGCAUUUGGUAGAUAAAAACCCCUACGGAGACCCGCUUUUGAUAUAUUUUGAUACCAGAGAUUCGAAAUAUCUAAAUGGCUUUUUAAGAAUACUUUUAGGCGUUUUACUUGUUGCAAUUUGGAAAACGAUUUCGAAACCUAUAAUAUUCACCAUUUUACCGCCAGUAUACAAAUAUAUUGGUAUAUAUCUACCUCGAAGAAAUUAUUCUUCUACGGCAUUUUCGUCUGAACCUACCAGAAAGAUUAGGUCUCAAUCGCUUUCAAACAUUUCCGAAGGAUCUUUAGCAAAUUUAAAUAAAUUUAUAAAGGGCGUGACCGAUCAUGAGAAGAAGGAUAGACAAGGUCCAGAGACAGAAAUAGACUAUUAUGCCAUGCUUGAAAGUGAAAAGAUGACCAAUUUGAAAGUACCACAAGUGUUUAGACCUAGAUAUGAUGUUGAAAUAGUGGGAAGGUUAAUCGUUUAUGCUGGAAUUUCAGUAACUGCAAUAUGGGGAUUCACAAUAGGCACCGAGAUCCUUCAUUUAUAA